UUUUGGUCAAUAUACUGGGAAGUUGCGGAGGAGGUUGGGAACUGAGAAGCUGAGGGUGGGAGGGACUAGAAGCGGUACAAGUCUGUCGAAAUUUUCACUUCACAGUUGUUUUCGCCCCUCUUCGCAGGACUUUAGAGACUUCCUCAUAAAGGAAAUUGAUUCUCAUCAGCCAUGGGUGUAGAGGGGGGAAUGAAAUGUGUGAAGUUCCUGCUUUUCUUUUUCAACUUCAUUUUCUGGUUAUGCGGUCUAGCACUGAUCGUGGUGGGAGUCCUGGUUCAGGUGGCUCUGCACAAAACCUUUAUGAUCCGUGAUGCAACAGCCUCAGGAGCUCCCAUCGUCCUCAUUGGAAUCGGUGUGGUGAUCUUCUUCAUCGCCUUCUUCGGCUGCUGUGGAGCCUGGAAAGAGAACUACUGCAUGGUCACAACGUUUGCCAUCCUCCUCUCGUUGAUCAUCAUUGUUGAGAUUGCAGCUGCGAUUGCUGGAUACGUCUUCAGAAACAAACUCUCAACUGUCGUCCAGGAUAGCCUCACUGACAUGAUUUCCAAUUACAACAACAGCACAGAUGAAUUCAAAGACAGUGUGGAUAAACUGCAGAGGGAUUUGAAAUGCUGUGGUGUGAACAGUUCUUCUGACUGGAGAAACUUCAGACCCGACAGAACCUCAGUGCCUGACUCAUGCUGCGUGAAUGUCACUGCAAACUGUGGAAUCGGAACCAUGACAGACGCUGCCAAAGUGCACCAGGAGGGUUGUCAUGAUGCUCUGGAGGCUGUCCUGAAGAAAAACAUCCAGUGGGUGAUAGUUGCAGCUCUUGUUAUUGCUUUCCUGCAGAUAAUGGGCAUUGUGUUCGCCUGCAUGUUAAUGAGAGGCAUCCGCAGUGGCUACGAAGUCAUGUGAUUCAGCUUCACACCUGUGUAGGAGCUGGCUGGUGAGGUCACGCUUAUUGGGAGCUUCAUUUGGAGACUUAAAAUAUGUUCAUCUUAUAAUUCAGAUAUAAUGCACAGAACAAUAUAUUUUCCCUUGUAUUGAUUUUGAAUGAUGUUUUCAUAGGUUAGCAAUAUCUCUGCUUCUAUACUGUGCAUGUGUAGGAAUCCAAACUGUUAGAAAAGGCUCAUGCCCACUUUACUGGCAGGGUAUGUUCUUGUUGGUUGCGAGGGAUUCUAACAUAUUUUACUUUGCUUAUUCUGGUAGAAACAUUUUGGAUCUGUUUUGGCAAUGAAGUUUUUAUUUCUAGCUGGUUUCAGGCUGGCUGUUGGUUUCUAUUUUUAUUAAAGACUCUUAAAAUUA